UAAGAAAUAAAACUAUAUAAAAUCUUGCUUGGUUUACUUAAUCUCUUUCUACUUAAGUAUAUAGAUUCUGGUUGAUCAUUACAAAAGUUUGUGAUGGAAGCUCUCUUCUUGACUUCUUCUUCUUCCUCCAUCGCUGCACCAAACAAGCUUUUCCAUCGUGACUGGUGUGCGUUGGUUAGAGACAAGAGAAGGCUAAGCCCCACCUGGUGCCGCGUAGGUGGUGGUGGUGGUGGCGAUGGGAGAAGCAUCAAACCAGAGAGGUCUAUUAUGGUUUCUUCUCUUUUGAAAGACAGAGGUCAAGUGUUAAUAAGGGAGCAGAGUUCACCAGCUAUGGAUGCUGAGACAUUGGUUCUGUCUCCAAACGAGAACGGGAGAUACAUUGAGGUCAAUGGAGUAAAGACUUUGUUGCCGCCUUUUAGUGGCGCUGCUAAGGUGGGGAGUAAAGAAGGACUUGGCAUUGUCAGUUUCCUCCAAGGGAAGAAGUUUUUGAUCACUGGCUCAACUGGUUUCUUAGCUAAGGUACUGAUUGAGAAGGUCUUGAGAAUGGCUCCGGAUGUUGGGAAGAUAUAUCUCUUGAUUAAAGCCAAAAACAAAGAAGCUGCGAUUGAGAGGUUAAAGAAAGAGGUGUUGGAUACUGAGCUUUUUAAUACUCUAAGAGAGACUCAUGGAGCAUCUUACAUGUCUUUCAUGUUAGAAAAGCUAGUUCCUGUGACGGGGAACAUAUGUGACUCAAACAUUGGGUUGCAAGUAGAUUCAGCUGAGGAGAUUGCAAAAGAAAUUGAUGUGAUUAUCAACUCUGCUGCCAAUACGACCUUCAAUGAAAGAUAUGAUGUUGCUUUGGACAUAAACACACGAGGGCCAGGUAAUCUCAUGGGAUUCGCCAAGAAGUGCAAGAAACUCAAGCUUUUCUUGCAAGUAUCCACAGCUUAUGUGAAUGGACAAAGACAAGGAAGGAUCAUGGAGAAGCCAUUCUCAAUGGGAGAUUGUAUAGCAACCGAGAACUUCCUUGAAGGAAACAGGAAAGCAUUAGAUGUUGCUAAAGAGUUGAAGCUAGCUCUUGAUGCUGCAAGAGAAGGUACUCAAGAUCAAGAGGAGGCGCAGAAGAUGAAGGAUCUCGGUCUAGAGAGGGCGAGAUCAUAUGGAUGGCAAGACACUUAUGUCUUCACAAAAGCAAUGGGAGAAAUGAUGAUCAAUAGCACUAGAGGGGACGUACCUGUGGUUAUUAUAAGGCCUAGCGUCAUCGAAAGCACUUACAAAGACCCUUUCCCUGGUUGGAUGGAAGGAAACAGGAUGAUGGAUCCUAUAGUUCUAUGUUAUGGAAAAGGACAGCUGACCGGGUUCUUGGUGGAUCCGAAAGGAGUUCUUGAUGUGGUUCCUGCUGAUAUGGUUGUUAACGCGACAUUAGCUGCUAUUGCUAAGCAUGGAGUGGUGAAUACAGAUCAAGAACCUGAAAUUAACGUGUAUCAGAUCGCUUCUUCUGCGAUAAACCCGCUUGUUUUUGAGGACUUGGCAGAGCUUCUUUAUAACCACUACAAAUCUACCCCGUGCAUGGACUCCAAAGGUGUUCCUAUCAUGGUGCCUUUGAUGAAACUUUUCGACUCCGUUGAUGAUUUCUCGGAUCAUUUGUGGAAAGAUGCUCAAGAACGGAGCGGUUUAAUGAAUGGUGUGAGCUCAGUGGAUAGUAAGAUGUUGCAGAAGAUAAAGUUUAUAUGCAAAAAGUCUGUUGAACAAGCUAAACACCUUGCCACUAUCUAUGAGCCGUACACUUUCUAUGGUGGAAGAUUUGAUAAUAGUAAUACACAGAGGUUACUGGAAUAUAUGUCAGAAGCAGAGAAGAAUGAGUUCGGGUUUGAUGUUGGAAACAUUAACUGGCAGGAUUACAUUACAAAUGUUCACAUUCCCGGUUUAAGAAAACAUGUCUUGAAGGGAAGAGCUUAAGUUCAAAUCUGGUUAAAGAUGAGCCAAAACCAGAACCAUAUCUUUUCCUUGAUCGUUUUUUUUCUUAAUCUUAUGUGUACUCGUGUUGUGUUGUCUAGUAUAUCACUGAUUUGUAAUAAUUUGAAUGUAGUGGUAGUGUCAAAGCACGUUAGAUUCGA